GCGCUUGCUCAACAGCCUCUCGUCCCUUCCAGGGCUCCUCCACACCACACACAUGGCCUGCUACGACGCCUGCCGCCCCUGCGGACCCACCCCGCUGGCCAACAGCUGCAACGAGCCCUGUUCCCUGCAGUGCCAGGACUCCCGCGUCCUCAUCCAGCCUCCCGCCGUGCUGGUCACCCUGCCAGGACCCAUCCUCACCUCCCACCCCCAGAGCACCGCCGUCGGAUCCUCCUCAUCGGCUGCCGUGGGCAACGAACUCAGUGCCCAGGGAGUUGCCAUCAACUCCGGCGCCUUUGGCUACGGCAACGGCUCUGGCUUUGGAGGCCUGGGCUGCUUUGGCGGCAGAAGGGGCCGCUACAUCUGCUAAGGGCCCUCGCCAACACCCCUGACACCAACCACACACACCCUGGAAGCAACGGCAUGGAUUGAGGACACACACCUCUAGGCCCUUUCAGGCACACGGACCUGCUGUCCAUUGCUCCUCUUCUCCGGGCAGCAAGCACAGAAGCAAGGAAGGGGCCAGCCUGGGCUGCCUUCAUUCCUUGUCAAAAUAUCUUCUCCUCUUCUCCCACCUCUUUCUUUGUACCUCAGACUUGCUGUUUUCCACUUGGUACUCCUACCUUUGCACUCUUUUUGGUCCCAAAUAAAGUUCUCUUGCACCCCA